GGACCAAUCACAGUCUGCGAUGUCACAGGCCCCGCCUUCUCUCUCAAGCUGACCAAUGGCGUUGAAGUCUUAAAGUAGCGCAACAUUUCCUUUAUCCCGUCUACCUUUGUUGUCCAAUUUUAAUAUCAUAUUUUGAAUGUUUAUUUAUAAUUUAUAUCGCUUCUCCUCAAAGUUUAAGAUAAUUACGCCAAACCUUCGUAUUUGAGGACUCAGCUCGAGCUCUCUAUGGAAGCCCGCUAACCACACCGAGCUAGCUAACGUUACAGGAGCUAACUGUAGCUAGCAGCUUUUUGUGUUCUCGUGUUGUUGUUUUGAUUAAAGAAGAAGUUACAAGAAUUAAACCUCCAGCUGCUUCUUCAAGAUGACAUCAGCCUCUGCAAAGGUAGGAGAGAUUUUCUCUGCAGCCGGAGCUGCUUUCACCAAGUUGGGAGAGCUGACCAUGCAGCUGCACCCGGUGUCCGACUCCAGCCCUGCAGGAGCCAAGUGGACAGAGACAGAGAUCGAGAUGCUGCGCUUGGCAGUGCGUCGGUUUGGAGACGACCUGAACAACAUCAGCACGGUGAUCAAAGAGAGAACUGUCGCUCAGAUAAAGACCACGGUGAAGAGGAAGUUGUAUGAGGACAGCAGAGUCCCGAUUUCUUCAGAGUCCCCGAAGAAGACUGUAAAGAAAGCAUCUGUCACCAUGACGCCAGCUCCACCUCCAGCUGCCCCCGCCAUGAUUGCCGUACCCACCUCACAAGUUGUCGUAGCGACAGGAAUGCAGAACAGUCCUUCUCUGGCCCCGCCCAUCAAGAAACAGAAGACGGCAGACGUGACACUGAGCGCACUCAAUGACUCGGACGUGAACAGUGACCUGGUUGACAUCGAGGGACUCGGAGAUGGAUCAACCAGCAAGAAACUCAACUUUGACCAAGAGAGUCUGAACCUGGACUCCAGCCUCAUCAUGAACUCCAGUGACCUCCCCCUGCUGUCCCGCUGACCACUGACCUCCCAGCCCACUCACGAGGAAGCACGACUUCUCUGAGACACGACAGCUUUUAUUUAGUUUUUAUUUCACACCUUUACGUUUCACUCCUGUUUCCUGACGUUCACCUGUCGCUGUUUACAGAGAGACAAGGUUCUUUGUGUUUUAAUAUAAAUGUAGAACUUUACAUUUAAAGAGAAGUAAAGAUGGCACAUUCAAACAUUUAAUUUUAGUUUGUUUUAAAGACAGGUGAGCUUCAGGUCAGGUCUCUGUUGGUUUUUCUUUGUGAAGCAGAAUCAUGUUUUAAAAUCAGAUCGUGACUAAAUGUUUCGUAUCAUGAAGAAAACGACGUGGAGCUGCAGAUCAGCUGUAAAUACGUUCUCCUCGAACUCCUCCACUUCAAUCUGCGGUGUUCUCUAACAAAUACCAUCAACGUGUCCACCAGACGUGAUCUUUAAAAACUCCUACAUGUAUUUCUUCUUCUUUCGAAAGACUCUGUUCUCUCCUGAAACAUCUUCUCCGGACGUUUGUUUAAACCACGAGGAGAAAGAUCACCUUUAGGAGCUUUGUGACUGGAAUGAAGAGAACCCAGACUGAGAUUAGAAGAAGUCAGUAGAUUCGUAUUAUGUUGGCCAUAAUCUGUAGAUUAUCAUGCAUCAGUGUUCCUGAUUGUCUGAGGUCUUGAAGAGUUUUGAUCUGAACAUUUGAUAGAUCAGUGUGAGAUGUAAAAACACGUUCUAAUGAUGUGAAGUAAAACAGGACAGUUUGA